UAUCUGGCUCAGGGGGGGGAGAUGGUCUCAGUGCUGCGGGGGGCUAACGCUCCUGUCCUCCAGAGGAUGGUGUUGGAGGAACUGGCCAGAGAGAAGACUGUCCUGGAGGAGGGAGGGGAACGCAGAGUGGUGAAAGAUGAAGGUUUGAUAGAUGAAGACGAGGAGGAGGAUCAAAGUGAUGAAGAUACGCUUGUUCCAGACAGUAAAUCAUACACGGUGGCCAUCAUCAAACCAAACGCUGUGGCUCACGGCAAAACUAGUGAGAUUAUCAUGAAGAUUCAGGAUGCCGGGUUUGAGAUCCUAGCCCACGAGGAGAGAACGCUGAGCGACUCUGAAGCACGAGAUUUCUACCAGAACAAAGUAGGAGAGGCCUGUUUUGAAGACCUGAUCCAGUUCAUGUCCAGUGGCCCCUCUCAUGUCCUGGUGGUCUCUCAGAGGGAGGGGUCAGGUAAUGUGGUGCCAGCAUGGAGGGAGUUUAUUGGUCCAGCAGACAUAGAGGAAGCCAGGAGGGAUAAACCUGAGAGCCUACGUGCCCAGUAUGGCAGUGAAACCCUGUUCAACUCGCUCCACGGUAGUGACGACAGCCAUCAGGCCAGGAGGGAGCUGGCUUUCUUCUUCCCCAGCUUCAGGACUUCUUCCCGGGCAGAGCAGCACGAGGAGGAAGGGCGAGUGGAGAGGACACUGGCUCUCAUCCGACCCAACCUCUCCAGGGAGAGCAAAGAUGAGAUCUGGUCUCGUAUCCAUGAGGCUGGCUUCACUGUGUCUCUCCAAGAGGUGAUAUUAACAGAGGAACAGGCCAGACGGUUCUACAAACGACAUGUUGACCAGGACUACUUCCCUGCCCUACUGCACAACAUGACCAGUGGUCCUGUCUUGGCUCUAGCCCUGGCCAGGACGGGAGCUGUGGACCACUGGAGGAACCUUCUGGGCCCUAAAGACGUUAACAAGGCCAGGGAGGAGCAGCCCGACUGGUACGACUUGCUCUCAUAA